AAUAAAGUCUGUCUAAAUUGCCCGUCUUGAAAUUAGUUUAAUUUAAAUAGAAAUAGCAAUGUCGAUAGCAAAGCGUGUACAGCAAUGGGCGACAUUUGCGCGCACUUGGCACAUUUACGAUUGUACCUGGCAAAAUCCUUUCGAGUCUGCUAGCCUGGUCAAAACACAUCUAAUGGGCCUGCACAAACCCAUUUAUCAUCCAAUGAUUGCCACACGUAACUUGUGCUCGUCGCAAUAUCCGCAACUGUUGCCCAUUUACAAAGUACAACAACAACAAAAACGCAAUAUGGGUCGUUUGGGCACAGUUGAUCCCAGCUCCUACUCCCAGCCGGAUAAAAUCACCACCGAGCACAGCGCCAUCAAUUGGCAAGUGGAUUUUGGAGCCACCAAAUUGCGUGGCAGCGUUUUGCACAGAUUCAAAGUGCUUGCUAGCAAUUUGGAGUCGAUUCUACUGGAUGUGCGUGAUCUUGAUGUGAAGAAUGCCACGUUGCUGGCCGGCGGCACGGAGCUGCCCAUUAAUUUCUUUGUCAGUGAUCCCGUGCCCGAUAUGGGACAGAAGCUGACGCUGGAGCUGCCAACGGGCACGGCAAAGGGCAGUCUUAAUGUGCGCAUUGAUUACGAGACGGCUAGCAACGCAAGUGGCCUGCAGUGGCUGAAUCCCGCCCAAACGCUGGGCAAGAAGCAUCCGUACAUGUUCUCGCAAUGUCAGGCGAUACACGCUCGCUCCGUGAUACCCUGCCAGGAUACGCCGGCGGUGAAAUUCACCUACGAUGCGGUCGUGCAGCAUCCCACGGAGCUGACGGCACUGAUGAGCGCCAUCAUCGAUAAGAAUGAGCCGGGCAAGACGCAUUUCAAGCAGACGGUGCCCAUACCCGCCUAUCUGGUGGCCAUUGCCAUUGGCAAACUUGUGUCCCGUCCCCUGGGCGCCAACUCGAAUGUGUGGGCCGAAGAGGCAAUUGUGGAUGCCUGUGCCGAGGAGUUCUCGGAGACGUCAACGAUGCUGAAGACAGCCUCGGAUUUGUGCGGACCGUAUGUGUGGAAACAAUACGAUUUAUUAGUGAUGCCACCCUCAUUUCCCUUUGGCGGCAUGGAGAAUCCUUGCCUGACUUUUGUCACGCCCACUUUGCUGGCGGGCGAUAAGUCGCUGGCAAAUGUGGUGGCCCAUGAAAUUGCGCACAGCUGGACGGGCAAUCUCGUGACCAACAAGAACUUUGAGCAUUUCUGGCUAAACGAGGGUUUCACCGUCUUCGUCGAGUCGAAGAUUGUGGGUCGCAUGCAGGGCGCCAAGGAGCUCGAUUUUCGCAUGCUCAGCAAUCUGACCGAGCUGCAGGAAUGUCUUCGCACUCAACUCUCGGACACACCGGAGCUCACCCGGCUGGUUGUCGAUUUGAGUAACUGUGGACCCGAUGAUGCAUUCUCCUCGGUGCCCUACAUCAAGGGCUCCACCUUCCUGCGCUAUUUGGAGGAUCUGCUUGGCGGACCACAGGUGUUUGAGCCCUUCCUGCGCGACUACCUCAAGAAGUUUGCCUACAAAUCGAUUGUGACGGAUGACUUUAAGGGCGCUUUGUACGACUACUUCAAGGACGCGGACAAGAAGGAUAAACUGGGUCUCGUCGACUGGGAAUUGUGGCUCAAAUCCGAGGGCAUGCCACCAAUUAUACCCAAAUUCGAUGAAUCGCUGUCGAAUGUGACCAAGGAGCUGGCCACUCAAUGGAGCAGCAAGACGGUCGAUGAGCUGGCCAAGAGUUCGGACAUUAAGCAGUCCAUCUCCAUACACCAGCUGAUUGAGUUCUUGGGCAAACUGAUCGAGAGCAAGGACAUUGUUGAGCUAAAUGCACGUAAAAUUGAGCUGCUCGAAACCACCUACAAUCUGAAACAAUCGAAGAAUGCCGAGAUCCGUUUCCGUCUCAAUCGGUUGAUUAUACGUGCCCGGCUCAUCCAACGGCUGCCCGAGCUUAUUGAGUUUGCCAACUCGAAUUUCCGCAUGAAAUUCUGUCGUCCCAUCUAUCGGGAUUUGGCCGCAUGGCCAGAGGCCAAGCCAGCGGCUGUGGAGAACUUCCUGAAGGUCAAGGAUCAAAUGAUGGCCGUCUGCUCGCACACCAUCGAAAAGGAUCUGGGCUUGAAGUAGACAGGAGCAGCAGCAGCCGCAGCAGCCACAGUUUAAUUCAAUUUUGACCGCACUUUGCAUUUGUGACAACUGCGACUGGAAGUCGUAUUUUGUGAAAAAAGACUAACAAAUUUAAAAAGAAAAACAACAAAUAAAUCAAAAGAGAAAUUAUCUGUAUAUUGUUGUUGUUGGUUUUUCUUGAAUUAUUGUUUUUAUUAAAAAAUAAGCAAA